UUCCAAAAUGCACUUCUUUCUCAACAUCCUCGCCUUCGCCUCCAUUGGCAUAUUUGUCAACGGAGAAGAGUGGUGUAUGUCACAAUUUAUGACAGGUUGGCAAUACGCAGACAGACGUCGUCCAUUUCAAUCUGGAAAAGCUUCUAGUGUGACUGAAUGUAUGAACAGAUGUUUGAACAAUCCUAUAUGCUUGUCCUCCGAAUUCCUCUACAACAAUGGGGAUUGCCACAGCUAUGCUACAUUCAGUAUAAAAACCCAUGUUUUGGUGCCUAACACAUAUUAUAACAAACCAUUGGAAAAUAAGUGGAGUGACGUCAAAUCCGAUGUGGCUUUUAAGGCACCCAAGAAAAAUGGAGUUUGUGGACCGGAUCAAGUCCAAAACGGUGACACCGUAACACAGCCAAAUGGAAAGAAGUACUCGCUCUACCGACAAGGGUGGACAUUUGAAAUGAAAGAGGUGUAAUACAUGAUUCAAGAUUAAUAAAGUGUUCAUUCAGCAAUAUUAAUAUUGUGU